UGGUCGGGUGAAAACACCACGUAAGCUACGCGCAACGCGAUCCAAUGUUUGAAGGAUUGCCGUAACAUGCGACGUUGACUAUCUUCAAAAUCCAUGCAACGAAUGACACUUCGGCACAAAUGAAACACUAGUGACGCUAGUGCUACAAAAAAUAAACCUAAUGUGAACAAUUACUGUGACAAGUUUUUUCAAUUCACCCACGCGAGUUCGUGCUCCUUGCGUAGUCUCCAUAAUAUAAUAAUCAUUGUCACUUACGAUCGGCUAGUCAGUACAUCACUUAAUUAUGUAACCAUAAUUCUCUACAAUAAUUCUAUCCAACUUUAUUUGUAACGGACCCAACCUUCGCCAAAGGCGGGGGGGAUUAAGCUUCAAUUUGAACUUGGUAGUAUAACAAUUGUGUUUACAAUUUCCCGCCCUUAUCACGAAAUCAUGUAUCUUUUAGCAUUGCGCUUAAUUUGAUCGGGCCAAUUACUCGAAGAGCAUUAUACGCAGAUUCCUAUUUUUUCUGCCCUUAUUUGCAGUAAAAUAUUCUUGCUUGAUCACAAGUCACAGUUAGUAUUCUCCACAUAUUUGUUCCAAGGUAUAGGUUAGGUUUUUCAGCGUAUCAAAGCGGUUGUCCGAGGUGGCGUAAAGGAACGGGCGCCUCGUACUGAUCGGUACAUACGUACGUGAAAGUCGUGAAAAUCAAUCCGCACCUGCAAACAAGUGUUGACAAAACAUUCUAUUUUCUUGAUCAAGAUACGGUUACUCCUUGACCUUAAGUUCAUAUGGAAUAACUUUGGUCAGUUUUUCACGUUCCGGCUAAAAUCUUCAUAUCUCAGUGGGUAUUCAUGUACGUGGGUGAAUGUAUGUACCACUAUCCAGGUUUACUCUAAUUCUUCGCGAAAGUUUAAAAAUCCUUGCUUGUAUCUGUCAUUUGUACAAACCGAACACCACGAAAUGUAGGAAUAACUGAAUGGCUGUCGAAUAUUGACAUUUCAUGAUUUUAAAGUAGUGUUGGCAGCAUCCAAGAAAAAAAUAUGCACUAUGUAAGGUAUUACUGGUGAAAAUGUCGCGGCGACGGUCAAAACGCCCGCCCGAAGCUCCAGGUACUCUGACGUGCUGCUUCUGUGGAUUUUCUGAAGACGACGAAGUUGAAUAUGGAAAACUUUGGAACCAUGAUGGCAUUGUUACGCACUACUAUUGUCUGCUUUUGUCAUCCAACAUGGAACAAAAUGGCAAUGAUAAUGAAGGAAUCUUGGGUUUUUUAACCUCAGACAUACAAAAAGAAUUACGCCGAGGAAAAAGGCUUUCUUGUUCAUACUGUAAGCGAAAUGGAGCAACUUUAGGGUGUUGUAACUCCAGGUGUAAACAGGUAUUUCACUUACCAUGUGGACUGCAGGCAGGUUCACUUCAUCAGUUCUUUGGUGAAUUUAGGUCAUAUUGUAUACGACACAGAAUAAAACAAGAAAUAGAUGAAUUCAUAAUAGAAGAAGCUGCGGCAGCAGGUGAUGUAACUUGUUACAUUUGUUACGAGGAGGUAAAUCCCCAGAAUCCUAUACGAACGUUAUGGGCUCCAUGUUGCCGGAAAAAUGCAUGGUUUCAUCGGAAAUGUGUUCAACGCCUGGCAUUGAGUGCUGGCUACUUCUUCAAAUGUCCUCUGUGCAAUAAUAAAUCAGAAUUUCAAAAGGCUAUGCUCGAGCAUGGAAUUUUCAUCCCAAAUCAAGAUGCUUCAUGGGAGCUUGUGCCAAAUGCUUUUCAAGAAUUACUGCACAGGCAUAAUCAGUGUGACGCUGCCGAAUGUCUGUGUCCAAAAGGAAGAAGUCAUACCAGUGUCAAUGCGAAAUGGGAGCUUGUUUUGUGCAGAUUGUGUGGAUCCCAAGGAGUUCACAAGUCAUGCGGACAAUUAAAAUGGGGUAGUUCUGUUUGGGAAUGUACAGAAUGUACUGGGAUGUUAAAAAAAUCUGAUGAUCCUACACCUCCUGGUGGAAAUGAACCCAAAAAAACAAUAGAUCAUUAUUCGAAUCAGAGCAGCAGUGAUAGUGAAAUUUCUGUUGGUGGUAAUAUGACGCCUCCACCAAUAUCAAAACAUGACAACUCACCAUCACCCACACCACCAACUUGGAGAUUACGUCCUGGACCUAAAUCGUUCAAAUUGCAACAAGCAUCACGAAACAUGAGAAGCUUGCAGUUGAUGACAGCAGCUACUUCCACAACAUUCUUGCCUUUGAAACAUGAUAUUUCCUUAUCUUGUGCAUCGGACACUGGUACUAUUACGAUUCCUGACACAAAAUCUAACAGUGACACAUUACACUCAAAAACGUGUCCCUCUAAAGAAGUCUUGAAAUCGACUGAUCAUGAAUCCAGUAAAUUAAAUGAUGUUAACUCUCAGAGAACCAGCGACUCGUCAAAAGCAAUCAAUGUAAAACCAGAAAAUGCCAAUUUUCAUACUGCUGAUGUUAUUGUAAUUGAUAGUGACGACGAGGUGGAGAUAAUUGAUAUAACACCUAAACACAAUAGUUCGGUGACUACGAAACGAAUCCAAAUUGAGUCUCGCAAUUUGAGUGAAGUAACAACUAAUAUUCAAAAGAUCAAAAAGAAUUCUAAGGUUACCAAAAUGAGGCGUUCAGAACCUUCGGAAGUAUUAAAUAGUCCACCCAAAGUAAAUCCUAGGGUGAACGGUUUAAUUACACUACAUCUAUCGAGCGUCUCAAAUACUACUAAUACAACUUCUACUGCGACAACAAUACCAAAUAUUAAUAGAGCAAAUGUAAUGAAACCUCCGAUCGAUAGUAUGAAUACUACUAGUAUCGUCAGAAACAAUUCAAAUGGAAGCAAAGAAGAGGCAGAUUUGCUAGUAGACGAUAAAGUUUUGCAGAAAAAUCCUGUGCUCAAUUUUAAAAUCACAAAUGUUACCUCAUUACGGCCCGAAUAUUAUGAAAACCCAUCUACAACUGUGAACGUGGAAAACAUUACCCCUGACUCUUCUGUCACUUUUGCAGGAAGUGUUCAAGGUGAUAUUCCAUCACUGAGUGGUAACCAGCAGUUGCAAGUAGUGCAAAAUCAAAUGAUGGAAAUUCCAAAACCACAGUUGAAAUUCAUCCAACUUAAUACCUCUUCAGUUAGUGGGUCUAAUUUAAAACGGAAAAGUGACGAAUACACAAUGGAUAGCCCUGCAUCUAUCCUACCUGUCACAGAAGAUCCGGAAAUAUCAUGUAAAAAAGUUCGGAUUGAUGAUUCUAACGAUUAUACACCCAAACCCCAGACGAGAAACAUUUCUUGGAAUAUUAAUUCGAAUGACAUAAGUCGUGCAGUUCCAGUAGCUGCAACCUCAAUACCAAUGAGUCAGUCAACUAGUAGUCACAGUUCCCAACAAAGUACAACAGCGUUGCAAGUGAAUAUGAAUGGAACACAAGCUAACAAAAGCUGUAUUAGAUUGAUCAGAAGGGUGGAACUAGAACAAAAAAAUGGAUUUUGCAAUUACAAUUCUGGAACUGUUGGUAGCAGUUCGGUACAAAAUCAGAGUCACGUAAAUAUCAACCAUAUCAUUAUACCAAAUAAUGUGAAUACUCCAAUUCGAAUACAACUAAAUUCUAUGUCUACAUCCGAAGUAAUGAAAGUCAGCAAUUCCACCCAACCUGAGUUAGUUGUACAACACUCUGUCAGCAAUAUUACAGAAUGUGGUGACAGUAUUCAAAACACUACAUGCCACAAUUUUAAAUCUCCAGUAAAUGAGUUACAAAAUUCGCCAGAAAGGCCAUCUACUUCAAUCAACCCGCAACUCUUUGCACACCUACCUAAUUCGGAGGAUAUCGUUGCUCCAAAGCCACACACAGUUCAUCAAUCCCAUGAAAAGAUUAGGCAAGUUCAAACACAACAAAAUUCAAUUAUGUUCAAUGAACAAACUAAUCCGUCUACACCUGAUCGCACAUGUUACAAUAGUCUACCAAGAAAUAACUCUGAGGGUCUUACCAACAGUAAUGAAAAUCAGUCAAUUGCGAAUACCAUGAUGAAAAUAUGCAAUCCAGUAACGCAACUGGGAAAUGGAAGUCUGGUGACUAGCGGUUGUGACGGGGAUGCAGGCUCCAGUCCUGCUGCUGAGGCCGGAUUUGCUCUUUAUUCGAGCUCGAGGACCGCAGACCAUACAAAGCCAGAAGCAAUCGCCUUUAAGCAAAAGCCCAGUGCAAUAUCAGAUUCAGCAGAAAGAGUCAAUCAUAAUUCCAGCAUUUCCACUUGUGCUUCAACCCUUCCAACAACUAUGCAACGCCCCUGCAGUUCAUCAACCACGAGAAAAUGUUGUAAUAAACCUCGAGUGAUACCUCGAAAGGUGCCUUUGCAAAAUCUCAAAUUUCGUGUUCUGGAUGAAGAUAUUGUUCAGAUGGUCGUCAAUGAUACCUUCACAGUAAAUCUUAGUACAACUACUGGUAAUCCCUUAAAAGCAAGAAAUGUACCAGAUCCAAUGAGCCUGCUAGAGAAGCAAGGUCUGCUUCUAUCUUCUACACAACCUAACUAUUCACCACCACCACCACCACCACCACCACCACCAUCACCACCACCACCACCAUCAUCAUCAUCAUCACCACCACCACCACCACCACCACCACCACCACCACCACCACCACCACCACCACCACUACCACCGUCAUCGUCAUCGUCAUCAUCAUCAUCAUCAUCAUCAUCAUCAUCAUCAUCAUCAUCAAAUCCCCUGGAUGCUGAGAAGUGUUCCAUUAUAAGUGUAUCCAAGAAAUGUCAGUCGUUAGGAAACAUGUACGAUCCAGUAGCUCUUGAAUGUGUAUUUGAAAGUGACGAAACCUCAGUUAUAGAAGAAGGUACCAUCAAAAGCAGCAAAUCCAUUGCGUCUUGUGAUGCUAAGGGACAAUACAGUAUCCAAAGCAACGUAUCUGAUGGCAAUGAAAAGCAAAUAUCAUUAUCAGAUAAUAUGAACAGCAGUUACAUUCAAAAAACUGGUUUAUCAGUGAGUGCGUGUUUGAAUGGUAAUAAACGAAAUUUUAAUCGCACUCGCGGCAAGCCAAAAAGUUUCUGUGAAAAGGAGGACAAUGUAAUUUUUCACGAACGCCGAAAAUGCUUCGGUGAAAGCAAUGAUCAAAGUUUAAUAAAAAGGUUCGAAGAUAGGAGUGAGAUAGAAGGUGCAUCAAACUUUGAUUUCUGUUGUAGACCCAAUGAUAUUUUGAAUGCAAACAGCUGGUGUAAUGGAUUAAACAGAGGUUCAAUGUGCUUAGUUGAAAGUAGUAUUGAUUCUUCAGAGUUGAAGCUACCUGUUAUUGGUUACAAUAGUUUUAAGGUUAUAAACAGUAGUUCGCACGUUUAUCAUAACAUUGAUAAUUCAGAUGCAAGUUUACAAAAGUCGCGGAUUAAUGAUUGUAACAAUGUCGUUGAUUCGUACGUAAAAGACUGGAGUAAUAAAUUCACAGUCAACUCUAAACUUGUAGAAUCUAAUAAAUAUUUUGAUUAUCCGAACUUGGAUAAACAUCACGUUGAAGCUCUUGAUACGAAUUAUCAGUUAAUCAAUGAUGUUGGUCUAGGCAUCUCUAUGAAAAAACAAAAUUUUAAUAUCUGUACAAAUCCAAUUACUCAACGUAAAGAUGAAAAUGUGCACAAGUACGGAGGUGACAUGUGUAGGUCCAGGCUUGGCAUCAAAGUUAAAAUUGAUCUGGAAAAAAUUCAAAAUUUGAUCGUUGGUCAGCCACAAUUGUUUAAGAAAUGUAAAAAUUACUCAAAAACUGAACGUCAAGAUGAACGAUUCUCAGAAAUUGUCAAAACUUCUGCGAGGUCCCAAACUUUUCGUAGUUCAGACCCUGAGAAAUGUUCACAAGUUUCCAUAAUACAAACAAGUCCAACUGAUGAAAACGUCGAUACUUUAAAUACUACAAGAAAAUUUUUAACGUAACUCUCAACUGAUUUAAAAUAGUUGAAAGUUAAUUUAGUGGCAACAGUUAGCAUUUUUUAAUGAAUUUUCACUGAAUUAAGUAGGAAACCGGUGUUAAGUUUGAGACGAGAAAAUACACAAUUUCGAGAAAUAACAAAUAAUACUGUGUGGAAUAUUAUUAGUAUUCGCAAAUAUUUGACAAUGCUAUCAAAAUCGUAUGCGUAAUAAUAUUAGCAGAGACAGACGUUCAUUUUAUAUAAUAAUAAAUACGUCCUUCCUUCGUAUGGAUGAACCUUACUUUACCAAAUUGCUAUAUACGUGAAAUUUACCGUUGGAUUGACUACAGUUAUAAUACGAAAAGAAAACAAUAAAUUGGGAUUUUCUAUAUACUUUAUAGUUCAUAAUGAAAGGUGCAUAAAACAGAUGUAUGCAAUUGUAGUUGUACAACGGAUCACAGCUAUAAUCAGCUGCACACAUGUAUAUUUUUUUACUGAAUUUUAUUCAGAUCAACAGUUAGAGUAAGACUUUUCGAAUGUUUUGAAAAAAAUGUCUAUACGAGUUGUUUUGUUAUAAUUAUACGUAAUUUUUGUCAUCGAUUAGGAGACAAAUUUUAACUUUACCAGGAAAUAGCUAGUACAAUGUAAACUGCGCAUAUUUUCAAUUUUUGCUCUAAUAAAUAAUGCCUGGAAUAAAACCAAUAUCGGUGAUAUACAUUUUUUUUUUAUAUUCAAACAGUGUUCAUCAAUAUUUAAAACCUAUUUGGCUCUACAAGGCUACAACACUCAUUGAAUGAUAAUUGAUUCGCAGAUGUACAUUUACAUACGCAAUGCAGAUAAUCUUGGCAGCGCUUGUAAAAAUUUUCUAAUAAGGUGUUUCAAUAAUCACUCGAUACGA